AUGAACGCGACAGAGGGCCCCUCUCGGAGCUUGGUCCUGCAGCCGGCCUGGGACUACCUCCGCCAGAACCACCACGACCUUCUGAGGAGCCCACUGUUCCCCGUGGUGCUCUCUGUCUCCACUUAUUUCUUCCUGGUGGGCGUCUACACCGCCCUGGACCUGCUGGCGCCCACUUGGCCUAGCAUCAACCGCUACAGGUUGCACCCGGACAGACCCGUCACCCGGCCCAACAUCUGGACCACCCUGGUGGUCACCGUCUACAAUCACCUGCUCUACAUCUUCCCCGCCGCUGUGGGACAGUGGCUGUGGAGGCCGCCCACGCCGCUUCCCCGCCUGGCCCCCACCCUCUUCUUCGAGUUCUUCCUCGGUAUCCUCGGCUGCAUGGUGGUGUUCGACUUCCAGUAUUACCUCUGGCACCUACUGCACCACCGCGUUCCUUGGCUGUACCGCACCUUCCACGCCGUGCACCACCAGUACCACCAGCCCUUCAGCCUGGUCACCCAGUACUUGUCCGGAUGGGAGCUCUUUAGCGUGGGCUUGUGGGCCACGGUGGACCCGCUGCUGCUGCGGUGCCACUGCCUCACCACGUGGGGCUUCAUGGUCUUCAACGUCUACGUGUCCACCGAGGACCACUGCGGCUACGACUUCCCCUGGUCCAUGCACAAUCUGGUGCCCUUUGGCCUUUGGGGGGGCGCCCCUAUGCACGACGCACACCACCAGCGCCCCACCACCAACUUUGCCCCCUUCUUCUCCCACUGGGACCGGCUGGGGGGCACCCAUGUUGUGCUGUCUCCACCAGGACUCAACGAUCAGGAUCAGGAGAAAGCCAGCAAGAAAACUUGA